AUGUUCAUAUCACAUUUGACCUACCUCCAAAUGACAUCACUUUUCCAGGAAUCGAUGAUCUUGCCACUCGCAUUCUUAUCACUUUUAAUAUGUCUACCGGCCCCUAUCAACUCGUUUGAACAACUAGUCUACGAAAACCUGUCCGACGAGGUGAAGACUCACUUGCAACAAGUUGUCUCCGAGAAGUACACCAGGCUAUACAAUGACAUGUACCAAAACUGCAACGCCGCGAGAAGACCUCAGGUAGUCAUCCACCUCCACAUCUCGCAAGACUCGACGGUCUCGGAGGAUUCAUUGGUUUGGGAGGCGGAUAAAGCUCCGUGCUCCAUCCGUCUCUUCUCCACCACUGAUAAAGUUCUGCAAGAUUGGUGCCAAGCCGCACCGCACUCCUUCAUGAACUACCCAUACAACCAUACGGAUCCCAACGCAUGGGCUAUCGACCCCAAUUUUGUGACGGUGGUGCAAACUACGUGCCAUAGAUUCCAAGGGGAGCCGGGAGCCGAAGAACUUCCGCGUGUCCCCCAUUUCACACCACCAUUCAACCAGGAAAGUACUGAACGAUUCUCGACUACUGUAGUGGUUGCUGUCCUGCUCGCAGUUGCCGUCAUGCUCAUAAUUUCCUGUCUGUACUGCCACCGCUACGUCGUGAAGAACCGCACUAAAGCUUGCUGGUCAAAGUAUUGGGAGCAGAAAGAGUGGCAUCAGAUUAACGAGAUCGUCGAGCAUCGGGAGAAACUGAUCAACGAGAUUCAGGAGAAGAAGAUGGUGGAGAAUAUGGCCUGA